UUGGGCAGAGAUGAACCCCGACGUGGAUUACGGUGGCUCCGGGAGCAGCGGUAACGGGAAGCUGAGGCAGUGGCUGAUCGAGCAGGUGGACUGCGGGAAAUAUCCCGGUCUGGUGUGGGAAAACGAUGAGAAAACCAUCUUCAGGAUACCAUGGAAACACGCCGGGAAACAGGACUACAACCGGGAUGAGGAUGCCGCGCUUUUCAAGGCCUGGGCGCUGUUUAAAGGCAAGUUUCGGGAGGGGAUCGACAAGCCAGACCCGCCGACCUGGAAGACACGUCUCCGCUGCGCCCUCAACAAGAGCAAUGACUUUGAGGAACUGGUGGAGAGGAGCCAGCUUGACAUCUCAGACCCUUACAAAGUCUACCGCAUCAUCCCCGAGGGAGCCAAGAAAAGACCCAGACAGGAAGACAGUCCUCUGAGUCCGAUGAGCUAUGGGGGGCACGCGACCUACCCUGCCCUGCAAACUCAGAUGCCUCCGUACCUGAAUCCAGCUGAAUGCAACUGGAGAGACUUUGCUACGGAGCAGACCACCCUGCCGGAGCUGACCUUCUCUCAGUGUCCCUGUCCCCCUCGCAGCUUGCCGUGGCAGGGGCCAGCUAUGGAGAAUGGGUAUCAGCUCAGAGCCUCAAUUUACUCUUACGGUCCUGCUGAUAGUCAGUCUUCGCCUUUUACACUGGACGCCGGCAUCAGAUCAGCGGAGCCACUUUCAGAUUUCCGUCUGCAUGUGUCUGUAUUUUUCCGGGGCAAUCUGGUGAGAGAGGUUACCACCUCCAGUCCGAAGGGGUGUCACCUCACUCCGUGCUCCCCAGAGGAGAAGCACUACCUUUCCCCAGAAGGCCUGGAGCUAGUGCCUCUGCCUGUGGACAGCCUCUCAGCUCAGAGGAGAGCGGAGGAUUGUCCACCGAGUCCUCCGACCAACCUGGAGAGGGGAGUGUUUUUGUGGAUGACUCCAGACGGACUCUACGCCCGCAGACUGUGUCAGAGCCGAGUGUACUGGCAGGCAGGACUGUCGGCGUACGGAGAGAAGCCCAACAAGCUGGACAGAGAGGUCACCUGUAAACUCCUCCACACACAGGACUACCUCACAGAGAUCCAGAGUUACGGGCUCCACGGUCGGCCACUGCCUCAUUUCCAGGUCCUGCUGAAUUUCGGAGAUGAGUGUCUGGACCCACAGAGACAAAGAAGGACCCUCACUGUCCAGGUGGAGCCGCUGUUUGCCAGGCAGCUCCUGUACUACGCCCAGCAGACAGGCGGCUACUAUCGCAGCUACGAGCACCCGGGAGUCACGGAUCACAUAAACACCACCGAGGACUACCAGAGAGCCAUCACGCACCAUCACAGCAGCAGCCUGCAGGAGUGAUCGGAGGGAUCGGAGUGAGUUCAAGUGACUGUUUAAAAACGCGGGACUUCAAAUUUCACGCGACGAGCCUACGAAGAGCGGACGCCGAUAUGCAUCUCAAAUGGACCUUUAAUGCCAGUUAACUAUGAAUGUGUGUGUGUGUGUGUGUGUGUGUGUGUGUGUGUUUUUAUAUGAUUGUGUGUGUGUGUGUGUGAGUGUGUGUCCAGAACCAAAGUUGCAGUAUUAUUUUCUUUGUUUUUUCUUUCUCUUACUGUAUUUUCAGAGCACAGGGACUAUUUUUCAUUCAGCUUAUGUGAACAAAACUGACAGCUUCGGUUGAUUGUACUCUCGAGAACUGUGAGGUGAUUUUUAGUGCCUUAAAGGAAUAAUUUGACAUUUUGGGAAAUGCACUCGAGUACAUGAACAUUACCAAACUGCUGGUAUCAAUCUAAUCUGAACUAAAGUAAAGAAAAGCUAUUUCUCAAAAAUGUUGAACUAUUCUUUUACUGUAUGUAGAUUUUUUUUCUUUUUUUUUUUUAACUGUACAUAAUUUAGACUUUUCUGUUACUAGGAGACACUAUCAUCACCAUUUAGUAAAUUAUGAAUGAACAGACGUCUCGGGCCCGGCUGGAUGUUUGAGAAAAACUCAGGGAUUUGAUUUUUCGAUAAGCUUCUUCUACUCAAUUUUUGUAUCACAUAGAAAUAUAUCAUGUAACUGUAAGUAAGUGUCAUACGUCAAAUCUGAGAAGAGUUGAAGUGACUGUUACAAGCUUAUUUUUGUGUGUAUGUGUGUGUG